AUGACGGCGACGAGCAUGUUGGGCCAGCACAAGGGCUACCAGGACGCGUCGUCCGGCUGCGCUGGCUCCAUGAGCAACGGCGGAUCGGGCGCGGCGGCGGCGGCCUCCAUGCAGCCGUUGCAGGGCGGCUACAACAUGGGCAUGGCCGGCAUGCACCCGGGCUACGCGCCGCAGUCGUUCGGCAACGGGCCCGCCAUGACGUCGGGCUCGGCGUGCAUGUCGCCCUCGGUGGCGCCGCUGGGAUCGAUGAACUCCAUGAACUCGCUCGGACAGGCCGGCAUGAACGGGGUGUCGGCGGGUCUCAUCGGCGGCCUGGGUCGCGACUUCCUGCCGGCCGCCGCAGCCACGGGUCCCGGCAGCGCGCCGUCCUCCGGGGCGGGCCCGGACUCCCCGGGCGCCCUGCAGAGGGCCCGCGCCGACUCCAAGGCGUACCGGCGGUCGUACACGCACGCCAAGCCGCCUUACUCGUACAUCUCGCUCAUCACCAUGGCCAUCCAGAACAGCCCGAGCAAGAUGCUGACGCUAAGCGAGAUCUACCAGUUCAUCAUGGACCUGUUCCCCUACUACCGCCAGAACCAGCAACGCUGGCAGAACUCCAUACGCCACUCGCUCAGCUUCAACGACUGCUUCGUCAAGGUGCCCCGCACGCCGGACAAGCCGGGCAAGGGAUCCUUCUGGACGCUGCACCCGGACUCGGGCAACAUGUUCGAGAACGGCUGCUACCUGCGGCGCCAGAAGCGCUUCAAGUGCGAGAAGCGAGAGGCCGUGCGGCAGGCGCAGAAGACCACCACGGGUGGCAGCCACCACCACAACUCCAAGGCCAAGAUGGCCGCCGAGUCUCCGGGACACAUGAUGCAGCCCCCUCCUCCGCAGCACCACCAACAACAGCAGCAGCAUCAGCAGCAGCAACAGCAACACGCGCAACAGCAGCAGCAGCAUCAAUCGCAGCAUCAGCAGCAGCACCACGCGUUGGCGCCCACCUCGAAUCCGGCCAUGCUGGGCAUGGGCUACGGAUCGCACCAGGACCCGUCCAGCUGUUGUUCCCCGGCCAUGGGCCCUCACCACGCGCUACACGAGUCCUUGCUCAAGGUGGACCCGCACUACAACCCGUCGAGCCACCCGUUCUCGAUCAACAGCAUCAUCGCGGCGAACGAGAGCAAGGCCGACCUGAAGCUGUACGAGAUGUCCCAGUACGGCGGCUACAACUUGUCGCCACCGCUCGCGGGCCACACGGCUCUGCCCAACGACUCGUCGGCGGGCUACUACCACCCGUCGCUCUAUUCCAUGUACCAGUCGGCGACGCCCAGCCUCUGAGACGAGGAGCUGCGGGACUUCUGAAGAGGCCUCCCGCACGCUGUGUAGCUCUUUUUUCCUCCGCGAGAGGGCGCCUCACGUGCUCCUCCCGGCAGACUCGGCACCCGCAGGAUCGUUGGACACCGGCGACGUGGCGCAUGCU